AUGAGCGAUUUUGAAACAUUAGAAAAUGAUUUAGGGAAUAAAUACUGCAAUUUCCAAGAAAUUGGUUUUGGUUCUUUCGCUACAGUGUUUCAUGCAGAAUGUCUAACCACAAAAAGGAAUGUUGCAAUUAAGAUGAUCAGCAAAUAAGGAUUGCAAGUCCAAAUCCUACACUAUUUAAAUUAAGAAAUAGAAAUUUUAAAAAGAUGUAAUCAUGAAAACAUCAUUAAAUUUUAUGAAAAAUAUGAAACAAAGAAUACUGUUUAUAUUGUGUUAGAAGAAUGCAAGAAGGAUCUUGGAGUUAUCUAUGAAGAAUAUUUUGAUUGUGAGAUGCCAGAGAAGUAUGUGAUAUUUAUAAUUCUAUAAUUGAUUGAGGGUUUUAAAUAACUUCACUAAUAAUUCAUCAUCCACAGAGAUAUAAAACUUGAAAAUAUUAUGGUUUAGAUGACUGAUUACUAAUUGGAAUAAUUAAAACAAAGAUAAUUUGAUGUCCUCUUUUCAGCAAAGUUCAAGAUAGCAGAUAUGGGAUUAUCCAAAUAACUUGCAAGUCAAACUGAUCUAGCAUAAACUUAUGCAGGUUCGCCUAUGACUAUGGCUCCCGAGAUCCUUGAAAAUAAAUCUUACGGAAGACAGGCAGAUAUUUUCUCUCUAGGAGUAAUUAUGUUUUAAUUGCUCUUUGGGAGAUUCCCUUUUAAAAAUGAGAAGGAUCACAUAAGUGAAAUACAGAAGCAAACAAUAUCCUUCUAAGAUUCAUAAAUCAAAAUUUCCAAUUCAAUGAAAACCAUUAUUUAAUCAAUGCUAAAAUAUGAUCCAAAUUAAAGAAUAUAACUGAAUGAAUUGAAAUAAGAAUUAACAAAUUUGUUGAAAGAAAGUAAAAUUAUUUUUGAAUUUGAUGACGAUCAAGAAUCCAAUUCAAAUUCAGAUUUAGAUCAGGAUCAAGAUCAAGAGAGCUUAUUAGAAUAAGAGAUGGAAGAAGGAACUGUAAAGUAAGAAAUAGAAUAAUAAUAAGAGAAUGAUGAAUAAUUUGAAAUAUUAACUAUAGAUAAAAAUGAUGAUGAUAAAUUAAUAGAAGAAUUAUACAAUCAAAGAAAAUAAUAUUUAUUAUUGGCAAAGGCUCAUCAAUAGAUUUAUGAACAGGAUAUUGUUGAUCAGUUUUACAAUUAUGAUUAAUAUUAGGAGUGUGCCAAAUAAUUGUAUUGUCAUUUAAAAUCAUAAUUGAAUGAAGAACAAUAUCACCAAGUCUAGGCAUGUUAAUAUUUGAAGGAAUUGAUUUCUAAUGAAGAUUAUCACUUAUUUAAUACACAAGAAAUUGUUUAAGAUUACAAAUAAGAAUCCCUCUUAGGCUUUAUAAAAUAAUCAAUAUUUGGAACCCCAUAAAAAUAAUCAUUGGAAAGCUAGUUAAACGAGAUAAGAUCAAUAAAUUUACAAUUAAUAGAGAGUUUAAGAAAUGAAAUUAAAAAUGAGAAAUAAUAAUACUUGUUAAUUACUUUAGUUCAAUUAGAAAUGUUCUUUAAGAAACAAACACAGGAAUAUGAAAAAUUAGACUAUAAUUUGUUUAACUUAGAUUAAGAAGCAUUAGACUAAGAUCCUAAAUAAUUGUAAAAUAUUUUAGAUUAAAUAUUCACUAAUAUCUUAACUUGA